AUGGUGCAGUUAUUCGAAUUCUCGAUCUUAAAAGUUCUAGUAACUCUCCUAUUGGUAUUUAUUCCAGAUAUGCAAACUAGUUGUGAAACAACAGAACCAGAACCAACGACAACAUCAGGUUGUCAACCAAUAGAUGCCGCGAAUCAUUGUGGAAGCAAUUUGUAUAUAUUUAAUCAUUUCGAAGGAAUUCCAAAUUCUAUCGCACCAGAUGUAGGAGACAUCAGAGGUGAAGUCCCGAAUGGAGCUAUUGUUAACUACACAAUAUUCGAUGGGGAUGCUAGCACAGCCUUUACAGUUGACUCAAAUGGGGUUAUCACCCAACUAAAAAUGUUAGACAGGGAGGUAAUGGGUACAUACGCCUUUACUGUUACAGUAAUCGGUUGUCAAUUUGAAAAAUCAAUACCUGUUCAAGUCAAUUUAAUUGAUCUUAAUGAUGAGACUCCAGCAUGGAGUACUAUCCAAUACUAUGCGGAAUGGAUUGACGGGACAGUUGCCGCGACUACAAUUGCAGUUCUAUAUGCUACGGAUGAUGACUUGGCUGAAAACGGUGAAAUAACAUAUGUGGUGGAGCCGCCAUUCGAUGACUAUUUUGCGACAGACAACAAUGUAGUAUACAACAAAAAUCAACUUCGGUUGUCCGAUUUUCAAAACGACGGAAGAAUAGGCUUAAAUUUUGACGAGAACGAGAUCACAGUUCAAGUUUCGGCAGAAGAUAAUGGUUCGGAGCCCAAAAAAGCCGCUAACACUGCAAAAAUAACUAUUAAAAUAACUAGUCAAGUCGAGGACGGCUUUGAAAACAUUACUUUGCAGUCAGGAUUCGUAUACGAGAAUCAGCCAAAUGGAACAUACAUCACAACAAUCCAAUCCGAAACAAGUGACGACUAUGAAGUGAUAUUCGAAGUUGCUGGAACCAAUGAAUUGUUUCAAAUUGAUCCAAUCUCUAGAAAUGUUACAACAACUGUACAAUUGGACAGAGAAGUUAACAGUAUGUAUCAUUUGGUGAUCAUCGGACAUAUGACAGAUACGACAAAGUGCUUCAUUAAUCCGAUUGCCGAGGAGCUCAUCAUUCAUAUAUUGGACACGAAUGACAACUAUCCUGAAUUUAGGUAUAAUACGUCAUCAGGAUCUAUUGCCGAGAACUCACCACCAAAUACAACAGUACACAUGAUGCCACUCAUAGAAGCAACUGACGCCGAUAUUGAUCUAAAUGCUGCAGUAGUCUAUUCACUGUCUGGCGAUGGGAGUGACCAAUUCCAAAUCGAUGAAAUAACUGGCAUCAUUACAACUGCCGAUAAUGAAAAUGUUCUUGAUUUGGACCGCGAAAUUCAAGAUACGUACGAGCUCACGGUUACAGCAGCUGAUAUGGGCGGUGAUGUUGAUAACCUCAAUACUACCAUAUCUAUUGUUAUCUAUAUCAGUGACGUCAAUGAUAACACACCGGAAUUUAAUGAGACAUCAUAUGAAUUUGAACUGGAUGAAGAUACACCUGUUAAUUACGUCAUAGGCACGCUAAUAGCCGAGGAUUAUGACAUAGGGCUGAACGGUCGUGUAUUAUAUUCUACGGUGGAUGGUAGUCAUGGUGAUUUCGACAUUGACACAUAUUCUGGUGAUUUAUUCGUUACUGGAAUAUUAGAUCGUGAAUCUAUACCAUCAUACGUCAUAAACAUUUCAGCUUAUGACACUGGAAAUCCAAUAUUAGAAUCGUACACAGUAGUCAUUAUAGAUAUACUAGAUAUUAAUGAUAAUAGUCCAGUAUUUAGUUCUGACUUAUAUAUAGGAAGUAUAGAGGAAUCUGCACAAUUGGAUAGCUAUGUACUGACUGUGAGGGCGACGGAUGACGAUGAUGGAAUUAACGCCAACGUUAGCUACUAUACUAGUAGCUCCGAUUUCUCCAUCGAUCCAAUUACAGGAGAUAUUACUACAAAUUCCACAGACUAUGAUUUUGAGGACAAUGGAAAACUGAACUACGAAUUUACAGUGUAUGCCAACGAUCAAGGAAUCCCAGCACUGACGUCGUCUUCAAGUGUCAGAGUUCAGAUUCUCGACAGCAACGACAAUGCUCCUCAGUUUACAGAAAGUGCUUAUUAUGGAAAUAUAGAUGAAAAUUCCCUCUCUGACACUACAGUUAUUAUUGAUCGUUUUAUUGAAGUUAGCGAUGCCGACACUGGUCUCAAUGCCGCUAUAGUUUACACACUCGCUGGUGAAGGUAGCGACCAAUUUCAGAUAGACAAUAUCUCUGGCAUAAUUACGACAUCAGACAACGAUACUGCACUCAAUUUGGACCGUGAAGCGAUCGAUCAAUAUGAACUAGUCGUUACUGCCUGCGAUAGAAACGGGCUAGACGGAAGCCUUAACACAAGUGCCUACCUAUACAUUCAAAUCAAUGACGUCAACGACGAAAUACCGGCUUUUGAUGAUUAUCACAACUUUACCGUAAGUGAACAUGCCGACAUUGGACACGUCGUCGGGAGAGUACGUGCGUUCGACAAUGACACUGGCAUCAACGCUAGGCUGACGUAUUCCGUGGUCAGUGGAAGUGGGGGGAAAUUUGACGUCGAUCCAAGAAAUGGUGCAAUUUUCGUUGCCAGCCAGCUCGAUCGCGAACACACUAUGACGUACAUCCUAAAAUUGUCAGUUUCAGACAGCGGUGUUAACAUUCUACAAGACUUCACUGAAGUGGAAAUUCAAGUUCUUGACGUCAAUGACAAUUCACCAACGUUUACCAGUGAUAUUUAUGUGGCCGAUGUAGAAGAAGAACUACCAUCCGGGACAUAUUUGUUUACGGUGACAGCCAGUGACCCGGAUGUUGGAAGAAAUAGCAACAUACUGUUUCGUCUUAAUACCACCGACUUUGCCAUAAACGAUACAACAGGUGAUGUGUUGACAACAACAGUUUUAGACUACGAAGACGAGGAGAAUAGAAUAUACGAGUUUCAAGUAUUUGCCUCUGAUCAAGGUGAAAUCCCCAUGACGUCAUCAGUUCUCGUUAAAGUAUACGUGUUUGAUACAAACGAUAAUGCUCCGAUUUUCACACAACACGUCUACUAUGGUAAUAUCGAAGAGAAUUCUGGGCCAGGAACGACGGUGAUAAUGACUCGUGACAUUUUAGCUUCUGAUGUAGAUCAGGGAUUAAAUUCAUCGAUCGUAUACAGCAUUAGUGGGAAUAACAGUGAUCAGUUUCGAAUCGAUAACAAAACAGGUGUCUUGGAAACAAGCAAUAGUGGCAAUCUAGACUUGGACCGGGAGACCGUUGACUUCUAUGAAAUCAUCUUAACUGCUUUCGACAGAAAUGGGAUGGAAGGUUCCCGCAACACAAGUGUUUUCAUACAUGUCACCGUCAAUGAUGACAACGACAAUAAUCCAGCGUUCGAGGAUACCCUUUACACAUUUGAUACGAGCGAAGGCGCCAAUGUUGGUGACAGUGUCGGGUCUAUUCACGCCGACGACGAGGACAUAGAUAUCAAUGCGCGACUGACUUACAGCGUGAUUGGUGGAAGUGAUGGGAAAUUUGUUGUUGACGCAGACAGCGGUGAAAUCUUAGUGGCAAGUAACCUCGACCGCGAAACCAAAUCUGCAUACACGAUUAACAUGUCCGUAUCUGAUAGUGGUGAAGUCAUACGCAGGAAUUUCACGGAGGUACAUAUUCAAGUAAUCGAUACCAACGACAACACACCAGAGUUUGACACUGACUUUUACCUAUCGAAUGUAGAAGAGGAAUUAACAUCCGGAACAUAUUUGUUUACGGUGACAGCCAGUGACCCGGAUGUUGGAAGUAAUUGCGAUAUAGUCUUCAGUCUUGAUACCCUCGACUUUGCUAUAAACGAUACAACAGGUGAAAUAUCCACAAGCACAUCGUUGGAUUUUGAAGACGAAGAUAACCGAAUUUAUGAAUUUUAUGUGUUCGCGACUGACCAAGGCGAGCCUGCCCUGACGUCGUCUGCCUUUGUCAAAAUACAGGUGGUUGACAUCAAUGACAAUGCGCCGGACUUUACCGAGCAUUUCUAUCACGGCAACGUUGAUGAGAACUCAGUAGCCGGGACAACUGUAAAUAUGUUACGAAGCAUUUUAGCGACAGACGAAGACCAAGGAAUGAAUGCAUCAAUUAUUUAUCAACUUGACGGCGACGGAAGUGAUCAAUUUCUAAUUGAUGAGAGGACGGGUGUCAUGACAACGAAGACUAGUAGUCUAGACAGAGAAGUGAAAGCGUUGUACGAAUUGAGAGUUAUUGCUUUUGACAGAGACAUGACUGCAGGAAGUCUCAACACUAGUGUACCUGUACAUAUUACAAUCAGUGAUGUUAAUGACAAUCGUCCAUCGUUCGACGGUUUGUUAUACUACUUUACAGUGAGGGAAGACGCCGAGAUUGGAUAUAGCAUCGGGAACGCGAGUGCAGUAGACGAUGACGCCAGCAUCAAUUCUCGGUUGACGUAUUCUAUUAUUGACGGGAGCGGCGGUAAAUUCAAUAUUCACCCUAACACCGGCGACAUUUUUGUUUUGAGCAAGUUGGAUCGGGAGAGUGAGGAAACCUACAUCAUAAAUAUAACGGUUUCAGACAGCGGUGUCGAGAUCUUACAAGACUUCGCGACAGUACAAAUACAAUUGUUAGACGUCAACGAUAACACACCCGCGUUUGACAGUAACAUUUAUGUAGCCGAGGUAGAGGAAGAACUACCAUCCGGGACAUAUUUAUUUACAGUGACAGCUACAGACCCGGAUGCUGGGAGUAAUGGCGACGUGUCGUACAGUCUAAACACAACUGACUUCGCCGUGGACGAGAUAACAGGGGAAGUAUCUAUCAACCAAAGUCUGGAUUACGAAGAUGGGGACAACAGAAAAUACACAUUCCAAGUAUUUGCCGCUGACCGGGGAGACGUCAUCAAAACAUCGACUGCUAUGAUUAUCAUCUACGUGGUCGACGUAAACGACAAUGAACCAGAUUUCGUGGAGCCAGUUUUCUAUGGUAAUAUUGACGAGAGCAGUGUGGCAGGAACAACAGUAAUCAUGAUUCGCGAUGUCAUGGCUACUGAUUUAGACAAUGGACCAAACGCUUCAAUUAUCUACUCGUUAGAUGGAGGCGUUCCGUUUUCAAUAAACGAAAGAACCGGAGUCAUAACCGCAACUGGAUUAUUAGACCGAGAAGCAAGAGGAGACUACGAGUUGACGGUAACUGCGUCUGACAGGGACGGAUUAGAAGGAAGUCGUGAUGCGACCGCCACUGUAAAUGUCACAGUUAAUGACAUUAACGAUAACUCUCCGGAAUUUUUACAAUCAUCGUACGAUUUCAAUGUAGCAGAAAACGCAUCGAUUCACACAACUAUCGGAGUUGUACAUGCAGGCGAUGACGACAUUGGAAUUAACGGACGGCUAACCUAUAUUUUGACUAGUGGUGGGCAAGGAAAAUUUGGCAUUGACUACAAAACUGGUGAAAUCUUCACACUUGAUAAACUUGACUAUGAAAACACAGUUGUAUACAGUUUAAAUGUAUCUGUUUCGGACGGAGGUGAACACGUGUUGCAAGAUUGGGUUGACGUCACUAUUCGAGUAUCAGAUGUAAACGACAACUACCCUGCGUUCACUCGUGACGUGUACGUUGGCAAUGUCACGGAAAACCUGGCUGUUAAUUCCGAUGUUUUAACUGUCUUAGUUACCGAUGCUGAUUCCUUCACAAACAGUGACAUCACAUUCAUGCUGGAUACAAGCAAUUUCCAAAUUGACGACCAAACAGUUUCUGUUAUAGUAUUCGCAUUCGACGCGGGACAACCAUCAUUGACAUCUUCGGCAUUGGUGAGAGUGACAGUCUUGGACACCAACGACAACGCACCCAUCUUCUCUGCAGGACACUAUGAUACAAUGAUAUUUAAUGGCAUGUGGGAUAACUAUCCAGUCCUCGUCACCCAUGCAGAUGAUGCCGAUAGUGGCGACAAUGGUAGAAUCUCUUUCCGUAUAUCUGAUAAUACAACUGAUCUGUUUACCGUAGACACUAAAGGAGUUGUCACUAUAACAGGAAUAGUAAACUACGAUGAACUACUGAGAGAUGGUUUGCUGGAUGAUGAAGAUGCUUUACAGUUUUUAGUGGUUGCUGUGGACAACGGUUCUUCACAGCUACAGAACUCAACUACUGUUAACGUUACAGUAGUGAAUGUAGAAUUAUCGGAUGAUGCCGGUGACUGCGUCUCAGAUAUAACAGGAUGUGGGAGUAAUUGGUAUCAAUUCACAAUCGACGAACAUUCCCCUGCUGGUACCUUUGUUGGUAAUAUAUCAGAGGAGGCAGAACACUUCCCUGAUUCAACUUAUUCUGUUUUGGAAGAGUAUGCUGUUGACGUGUUCAACAUAAGUGAUACAGGUGUCAUUGUAACACUGACUAAUAAUAUUGACAGAGAAGAAAACUCAACCAUAACGUUCACAGUUGUUAUUCAGUUUCAUCAGAAUGCAACAAAAUACGUCCCUGUGGUUGUGGUUAUGUUAGAUAUCAACGACAAUGCACCUAUAUUCUCCCCAAUAUCAUACAGUGCAGAAGUAUUGGAAUAUUCGCCAGCUGGUACUUUCAUCAUUCCACUACACGCCACUGAUCUAGAUGCAGGCUUAUAUGGAACUGUAUAUUAUGUCAUUCAGCAAGAUAGUUUCUUUUGGAUGGAUGCAAACAACUUGCGAAGUCUCCAGACGCUAGUUAUCAGUGAUCUGGUCGAUGCCGGGAUUUUGGUCAAUGACAACAUUGUAGAGCUAGAUGUUUAUGCAAUUGAUGGUGGCAACAAAUUGAGCGUCAACAAUGCAACAAUCAAUUUAAACAUAACUCAGCUACUGGAUGACAAUAAUCAGACUUGUCUCAACACAACUAGCUGUGGAAGCGACUGGUACAUGUUUAAUGUUACAGAAGAAUCUUCUCCUGGUCAAUUCGUUGGAAACAUAUCAGAAGAGGCGUAUGAUAUUUCAAAUCCGUCCUAUUUUAUCCUACAAGAUCAUGCAGCUCUCUUAUUUAAAGUUCACGACGAGGGUGUUCUAGUGGUUGGUGAAUCUCGUAUAGACAGAGAAGAGUUUAAAUAUAUACAACUGACUAUUGUUAUUUUGAGUGAAACCAAUACAACUAUAAAAUACAUACCCGUACAUGUGGAUGUGGUAGACAUUAAUGAUAAUCGACCUGAAUUCUCACGAAUAUCAUACAGUGUAAAUAUUUCAGAACACUCUCCAGUAGACACAUUCAUCGUCCCUGUCUAUGCAACUGAUGCAGAUUCAGGUACAAACGGAGAAGUAUCAUUCUAUAUUGCCGAACCUCAUAAUAAUACAUUCUGGAUGGACAAUAACAAUUUAAGAAGUCGCUAUGAACUUAUUUUAAAUGACGGUAAUUAUGCCAGUCACCAGACCAUUUACAUUUACGCAAUGGAUAAAGGCAACGUUGUGAGCAGUGUUUAUGCAAGCGUUGAUUUAUUGAUACACCCAUAUAGUACAUUGAAUUGCAAUGGAACGUUUCAGAAUGGCUCCAUUUGUGGAAGCGAUUGGUAUAGGUUUACAGUAGAUGAAAAUUCUUCUGGUGCCGUUGUUGGAAAUAUAUCGAAUGAGGCCCGAGGUAUGGAUGAUCCGAUGUACUCAGUAUUACAAGACUAUGCGGCUCGUGUUUUCGACAUUGCUGGAGAUGGUACCAUAUCGACUUCUGUGAAUAUAGACCGAGAGAUUAACGACACUAUCACUUUCACAGUAGUGAUAACGAAUCGAUUAGUGACAAUAUCAAAAUAUGUCUAUGUUCACGUUGAUGUCAUAGAUGUUAAUGACAAUGUGCCUGUUUUUGGGGAUACAUCAUACAGUGCUAAUAUUUUAGAACACUCCCCCACGGACACUUUUAUCACUCCUGUACAUGCGUCUGAUCUAGACGCUGGAAGCAAUGGUAAUGUUCACUACAAGGUAGUACUCGACAACUUCUUUUGGAUGGACGGCAACAACUUGCGAUGUACAAAGAAACUUGUUAAGCAAGAAAUGGUUGAUGAGAACAUACAUUUUCGCAAUAAUGACAUUGUCGAGGUUGUAAUUUAUGCAAGGGAUGGCGGCGGUAGAAUGAGCAUCAAUAAUGCCACAGUAUGGUUGCAGAUAAGCACACUGGCGCCAGAUGAACAAAUCACGUUUGAAAAACGUAAGGUUCGCGUGUUUGAAAAUCAACCCAAUGGGACGCACAUAGCGACAGUGACAACGACCGCCUAUCCGGAAUAUGACGUUAAAUACAGCUUUAGUCAGCCCAAUUCCACCGACUUCCACAUCAACCAAACAACGGGUGAAGUUACUACAAUAAGAUCACUUGAUAGAGAGAUCCGAAAAACAUACGAAUAUUUUGUUAAAGUGUAUGUUGAAGAUGAUGUUGUUUGUUUAACUGACGCGAUUAUUGCAGAGCUUAACAUCACGGUCUUGGACGAAAAUGACAAUCAUCCCAGCUUCUCAAAAACACAAGGCUACCAUGGAGAAAUUAUGGAAAAUCCCUCUUAUAGAAUGGAAGUUCAUAUGCCACACCCAAUAAUGUCAACGGACGGUGAUUAUGGAUUCAAUGCUUCAACGAUCUACACUCUAUCUGGUGAUGGUCAUGAACAGUUUAAAAUAGAUGGAAAAACAGGUGUCAUCACAGCAACUGAUGAUGAAUCUGUUUUAGACCUGGAUCGUGAAAAACGAGAUCGUUAUGAUUUGGAAGUGAUAGUUUCUGAUCGUGAUGGUGUAGACGAUCUAAGUCUUAGCACUAGUGUCCCAUUAACUAUUGUAUUACUUGACGUGAAUGACAAUUAUCCACAAUUCUCACAUAAUGAGUAUUAUUAUGAAAUCUUUGAAAACACUACUAGUAGCUACAAGAUUGGCGUUAUUAGUGCCACAGAUAUCGAUAGAGAAAACAACGCAGCCGUUAGUUUUGAGAUUCGUGAUGGCUCUGAUGGCGACUUCCAAAUUAACCGAAAUACAGGCGUGUUGAGCGUCUCAAACACUAUUGACCGCGAAAACAAAGCACAGUAUAUUUUAAAUAUAUCGGCGAGUGACCAUGGUCAGCCAAUUAACACAAACUUUACUCGGGUUGUGAUUAAGUUACUUGAUGUCAAUGACAACCAGCCAAUAUUCAAAAGUACGAUGCAAAACAGUGCGUAUAUAUUGGAAGAGGAGCCCAUUGGUGGGCAUGUUCUAACUGUUAUUGCGGAAGACCCAGAUGACGGACUUAAUGGUCAAAUAAAAACAAACAAAACAUUUGAUUAUGAAGAUCUAUCUGAUAGAUUACACGUGUUUGAAGUGUUUGCGGCUGAUAACAAUGAACCCUACCACGUAUCUACAGCCACGGUAACUGUCUCGGUCACGGAUAUUAACGACAACACUCCAGUCUUCACAGAGAGUGAAUACGAAUCUACUGUUGGAGAUGGAAUGCUGGCCGACGAAGUCGUUGUGGUUGUUAAGGCUACGGAUGCGGAUGAUGGUUCAGUGUUCUAUGACCUCGAAAAUUAUGACAGCGAUUUUGCCAUUGAACGUAAUCGAGGCAUAGUAAGAACUAACAGGACAAUUAAUUUUGACCAGAUUUGUCUUGGUGCUGCUAUCCCGUGUAUAAUCGACCUGAAUAUUUCUGCGACUGAUGACGGAAAUCCACCCCGCUCUAACUAUGCUAUAGUUCACGUGCAAAUCGAAAUCACGGAUAUUAAUGACAAUAACCCAGUAUUCACAUUAUCAUGGUAUACUGGUGAGGUAAACGAAGGUAACUAUACUAAUAUGAAUACGUAUAUACUGCAAGUCACAGCAACGGACACAGACAUAGAUGAAAACGCAGGCAUAGAAUACAGCAUAACAGACGGUAAUAACGGUGUGUUUGCCAUUGAACCGACCACUGGAUACAUAUAUGCUAAUAGUAAUAUUGACAGAGAAUACAAUUCAAGUUAUUGUAACACGAAGUAUACUAUGACUGUAAUGGCACAAGACAAUGGAAGCCCACAACUAAACAGUACCACUGGCGUGGAAAUAACUGUCCUGGAUGUGAAUGACAAUGUUCCCAAGUUUAACCAAUCUGUGCCUUAUAAGGGAUGGGUUGAAGAAAAUGCCCUGUACAGUGUAGAUAUUGUUACAGUGAGUGCAACCGACGACGAUGAAGGCGACAACGCGAGAAUUAGUUAUGCUAUUGUGUCCGGAGGCGACGAUGCAGUCAGAAUUAAUCCUGACAGUGGUCUCAUCCAACCAACCUGGAAUGCUCAGAUCGAUUAUGAGGACACAGAGGGCAGAAACUACACCCUUAUUAUCCAAGCCACAGAUGCUGGAAACCCUCCCCUGAGUAGCAAAGCGAUAGUACAUAUAUACGUCAUUGAUGUCAACGAUAAUACCCCCUAUUUUAUGAGUAAUUCGUACGUGGCGGAAGUUUCAAUGGACGAACCCGUUGAUUACUUAGUUAUCACUGUUCUCGCUGUCGACUCAGAUUCAGGGGAAAAUGGUAGAAUAACUUACACAACAAACGUUGAGUACUUUCAUCUUGACAAUGAAACUGGUGAAAUAACAAUACAGAAAGAAUUGGACACGUCAAAAGAUUUUACUUUCACUGUCAACGCAUCCGACAAUGGCACUCCAGUGAAAUGGAACACAACAGAGGUCACGAUCUCUGUGAAAGAAACAAACAUAUACGCACCUGUGUUUGAUCAGACGUUUUACUCGCUCAGUGUAACUGAAAACGUCCCUGCUGGAGAGCAUGUCGUCACGGUAACCGCCACUGACCGAGAUGCCGGAAAUAUCUCUUUAGUUGAGGUGGAGGGCGCAAAGUUCACAAUAACUGACGGUAACGACAAUGGAUUUUUUGUCAUCAACGGAACUACCGGUGAAAUUUUUACCACUGGUGAAAUUGACCGCGAAACUGCAGCAUACGUCAAUCUGGAGGUAACUGCGCAUGACGGAGGAACGCCGCCUAAAAACGACACUACCGUUGUGCAGAUCACUAUCAUAGAUGUGAAUGACGAACAGCCUGUCAUUGAUAGAGUAAAUGUCCCUUACAAUAUAUUCCAUGAUUCCCCAAACGGCACAUUUGUUAUGAAUGUGACUGCUUCAGACCCGGAUGAAAUUGGAAGCUUAAUGUUUUCACUGGAACAUUCAAUGUAUGACGUGCAGACGUCGUUCGAUAUCGACAACGAAACAGGCGCUGUCACCACUACAAAUAAGAUGAUGAUUCAAGUGUACUACUUGCUUGUUCAUGUCAACGAUGGUGUUAACAAUGCGAAGAGUGAAGUUUUUAAAGUAAAUGUGGUAUACAACGAUCCGAAUCUUAAUGCACCGAUAUUCAUACAUGACGCUAAUACCUCUUACAACACAACUAUUCCAUACGAUCUUCAAGUAUAUUCAACUUUGAGUGGUCUUAAUAUUCAAGCUGAAGAUGCUGAUGAAGGUAGCAAUGGCAAAGUCACCUAUACAAUGGGUGAGGGUAAUUUCAGGAAGAUAUUUGCCAUCAAUGCGACUUCUGCUAGUAUCACUACGCGUGAUAGAUUGCUGCCCUACUUUGAUUGGUAUAAUUUGACUGUUAUUGCAUCUGACGCUGGCUAUAAACCAAAGUCGAGUUCUGUCACUGUGUAUAUACAUGUUACUGAUACUGAUACUGAUACUACAGAAGAACCAAACACAACAGCAUCAGCAGCAGAAAGUGGUGCUCAGACGAAGACAUGGGCCGUUGCUACGUCAUCAACAACUGGAAUACUUGCUGCUAUUCUUGUUAUACUAACGGUUAUGUACUGUGUUACGUUAAAGAGAAAAUCAGUCCCGGUUCAGUAUCCACCCCAGCUACCACCUAGAACACCACUUCACAAUAACGACAAGAGUAAACAGUUGGACGGCGACACCGGCUCAGAAACUAUACAUCAUACAUAUUUAGAGCCAGGGAAAAUAAACACAGAUGAGCCAUACGAAAUACCCAGGGCCAAGGCUAUGUCUGCUUCUGAAUACCUGAAGCUGAAUCCGGAAAUCCGUCAUAUGUAUUUGCAUAUGAAUGAUGAAGAUGAGUAUCUCCGAAUGGAAACACCUCAGUCUGAUAUAUUGACUGACCCUGAAGGGUAUAUUGACAGUGGGAAUAGCGUCGAAGACACAGUAUGA